UGCGGGAGAGGCCCGGCUGCACUUUGCGGAGGGGCCAGCCGAGGCGGUGGCCGUGGCCGUGGGGGCAGCGACGACCCAGCAGCGGAGGCGGGAGCAACAGAUCUCCUAGGAGUUCCUCGAAGGCGCUGCUCCCCUCUCCUGCUCAUAUGCCGCUGGGACUAGGGCGUCGGAAGAAGGCCCCACCGUUGGUGGAGAAUGAGGAGGCAGAGCCCGGACGAGGCGGGCUGGGUGUCGGGGAGGUGGGGUCCUUGGGUGGGGGUGGGGCCGUGGGGGCCCAACUGGGCCUCCCUCCCCCCCCGCCGGCCCUGCGGCCCCGCCUCGUUUUCCACACUCAGCUGGCCCACGGCAGCCCCACCGGCCGCAUCGAGGGCUUCACCAACGUCAAGGAGCUGUAUGGCAAGAUCGCCGAGGCCUUCCACCUGCCCCCCGCCGAGGUGAUGUUCUGCACCCUCAACACCCACAAGGUGGAUAUGGAAAAGCUCCUGGGGGGGCAGAUUGGAUUAGAGGACUUCAUCUUCGCCCACAUCAAGGGGCAGCGCAAGGAAGUGGAGGUGUUCAAGUCAGAGGAGGCCUUGGGGCUGACUAUCACCGACAACGGGGCCGGCUACGCGUUCAUUAAGCGGAUCAAGGAGGGGAGCGUGAUUGACCGGAUCCAGGUGAUCAGCGUGGGGGAUAUGAUCGAGUCCAUCAACGGGCAGAGCCUGCUAGGCUGCCGGCACUAUGAGGUGGCCAAGAUGCUCAAGGAUCUGCCCAAGGGGCGCACCUUCGCUCUCAAACUCACAGAGCCCCGCAAGGCCUUUGACAUGAUAAGCCAGCGAUCCGGAGGAGCUCGCUUUGGCUCGGGCCCCCAGCUGGGCACUGGUCGGGGAACACUGCGCCUCCGGUCCAAGGGCCCCGCUACUGUGGAGGAGCUGCCCUCUGCGUUUGAGGAGAAAGCCAUCGAGAAGGUGGAUGACUUGCUGGAGAGUUACAUGGGCAUCCGGGACACUGAGCUAGCGGCCACUAUGGUAGAGCUGGGCAAGGACAAGAGGAACCCGGAUGAGCUGGCCGAAGCUCUGGAUGAGCGGCUGGGAGACUUUGCCUUCCCCGAUGAGUUUGUCUUUGAUGUCUGGGGGGCAAUCGGGGAUGCCAAGGUCGGACGCUACUAGACCCUUGCGCUGGACUCUGGGGAGUACGAGUUAACCCUGGGCCAGGAAGGCGGGUCUCGUGGAGGGUGUGGGGUCCAGACCUCUCUCUUCCCCUCUUCCCCCUCCCUUUCCAAGGAGAUGGUGGCACAGUCAGUGGCUUUCCUCUUCUGUUCCCCACUAGAGCAGAAGCCUUGGCUCAUUAUUCCCUGCGAGGAGAAAGAGAGGAGGCCUGUUGAGCAAGGCCGCACAGAGGCAUUAGAGGACCUCGGCGUUCCCUACCCAGCUGGCCCCGCAGCCCUUCCGAGUCCUUUGGGCUUGGGGCGCUGGGUCUGAUGAGUUGCAGGAUUUCAGGUGCUGACAGGGAAAAGGGAGGAGCCCUUCCACCUUCCUCCUCCACUGGCCCAGGCCUCGGCAUUGGGGAACGGAGCUGUUAGGAGACCCAGGCAGCCAGGGUUUUCCGGUCAAUCUCAGCCCCUUAGAGCCAGCAGGUUGAGGGGUGGGUGGUGGUGGUGGUCAGCCCCACCCUGCCCCCACCAAGCGCAAUCCAAUCGGUACCUACCAGACCUGUCCCCUCUCCCACACUACAUCCCCCCACCCCCCGCCCCCUUCCCACCUACCUCAGCAGGCAGACGGGAGGAAUGGGCUCUGAGGGAGGAGGGAAGGGGGAAAAGUGAGCCCAGGGCCGCCCCCUCUCCCUCUUCUUUCCGCAGCAGCUGCCAAACAACCUCCUUGGCCCGAAUCACCCCUCCCCGGAGCGCUUGGCUCUGUGUGGUGGGGGGGGUCAUGACCUCCCAUUUCCCUGAUGCGGAGAAGGAGGAGGUGGGGGAUCAGGCCUUCGCUUUUCCCCUCACCCAGUCCUUGCCUGCCCCUGCCCCAUCCCCCGCCCCCUUCAACUCGGAGCACAAGCAAUAAUAACUCCCCAUCAAACCGAGAGCCUCACCCUUCAUCCUGACUGCUCCCUUUUCUCCCUUCCCCGCCCCCCCCCCACUAAAAGCCCCUCUCCCCAGAACUAUUACCUCUGUGUGUGAACUUUGCUGCUGUGAACUGCCUCCCUCCCACCCUGAUUUGUCCUCUACUGUCUCUUUCCCCCAUCCUCUGCUCUCCCUAACUUCUGGGGGAGAGCUGGGGAGCUGGGAUGGGAGGCUGGGGUGGGGGGAGGGGGGAAACUGAUUUUUUUGUAUUUUAUGUGUCAACGUCUUUAACAUAAAGAGAAUCUUUAUCGACCGAAA